GUUUUUCAACAGAUGAAUUUCACACAAAUAAUGGUGUAAGGUAACCUAUCAAAUUACUUCCCCUAUCAUGUGACGUCACCGUAUCCAAGAUUGUUUACAAAUGGCGAACAUAGGAAGACAGGAAAUUUAACUAGACUGCACAAACCAUACAAGAGAACUACGCACCAGUCAACAUGGCUUCAGGAGGUCCUGGGGAUAACAUUCCCCACAGCCGGAUGGCGCCAGAGGGAGACUCGGGUGAGGACAGUGACAACAAUAAGAACACUACUGUAACAACCAAGGUGACAAAGACAGAGACAACGACAGAAGAAACAGUUAUUGAACAGCACACUGAAGAGGAGGAAUUUAAAUAUGCCCCUCCAAAGUUUGACAGCACGCUGCCGGACCUGUACCGACUCCUUGACACGAUGGAAAAAGAUGAUGGUGAUCUGUCAAAUGUUAAACAACCUCCGUCACUCUUCUCCCGACCUGAACAUGUCGACAAGUACCAGAAAAUCACCAAGCUUAAGCUUGAAAUGGAGGAACAAGAGAUGUCCCCCUACCUGAACCAGUUUGAGGACGGUGUUAAAGAUGACCUGCUCAUGAUUGGAAACGUUUCGCUGGAGGAUGUACAAGCUGAGGAACGACAGCUCCGAGAUGAACACAUACAGUACCUAGAGCAGGAGGCAGCGAAUUCCCGGGAGAGAGAACAGGAGGUUUUGCGCCGGGAAGAGGCAGCCAAAAAGCGUGUAGCAACCUACACCAAGGAAGAACGGGAGGAAUUACAGCGAAGGGAGGAAAUGUUACGUCAGAGAGAGAAACUCCUGAUGGAGAGACUUCACCAGGCUUUCAGACGUGCCGAGAGUCAGCUGAUCAGUGUCCUUGAACGCAGGAAGGGAGAGGUCAAGACAUUCUAUGGGGAUCUGAUGAUGACAGAGACACAGUACGGAGGCAGUCGGGGUCGUCGUUGGAAAGUGGACUGGAAUUUGACCCCGCAGCCUGUACAAGUUAAGCUGAAGUGUCUGAGAGGAGUCAAGGAUAAACUUCCACGUGGUCGUUAUGUGAUGAUGGUGUCCCUGUAUGAUCGUAUUGGUGGGAACAUUCUUCAUUGGUCUAAGAUGAAGGGCCAGCACUGGGGUGGAGCCACUCUUCCUAUACACCAUGAGGGGGCCUUCUACAAUAUGGAAAUGAAGCUGGACCAGAGCAUGUUCACUGUGCUGCCCCCAAGGCAGUCCCUGAAGCCGGGCAUGGUGGUUGUGUUUGAACUAUUCCUGCUACGAGGCUCCAUUGUCUCCACUGACAGGGUGGUCGGCUGGGGAUGCUUCCCAAUCUGUGACGCCCAGUUUGAUGUUAUUGAGGGAAAGUACAAGAUCCCAUUCCUAAGAGGUGAGAUGGAUCCACAGAUUGAGAAACAUGAGACCAUUGAGAAACUGAUCGCCUCUGACCUCGAUCACUGGCUGUGUAACCUGUAUCUGGAGAUCGUCAAACUCCCAAGAUAUCUGGGUGGUAUGAAGGAGUACGAGGUUGAGCUAGAGUUCUCGUCAGCAUUGACCGCCUACCCCGACAGGCGUCGUACCGGUGGGGAGGAAUAUCGAGAUGGGGAGGCACCAAUGCUGGGCUCACAGAGUGACCUUAGUAGUGACAUCAAGCGCUUAGAAGAUGAGAGGGGGUCACACGCCAGUCUUCAGAGCUCCGACAUUCCCCCGGAGUACAGCCUGCAGACCAACAGGACAACGGCUACUGUGUCAAAGGUCAAAUUGGAGGAGUCAAAGAAUGCGACCAUGUAUGGGUCUCGCAAGGUGCACAAAGAUAAGAAGCUCGACCUAUUGCUGAUGGAAGAUUCCGACCCAGAAGAUAGCGAGCCGGAAGAUGACAAGGCCAGGAAGAGUGAGCAAGACUUUGUCAAGGUCAAACACAUGCCGGGGAUGUAUUUCAAGAAAUAUGAGAAGAAUCCUAUGGAUGCCUACCAGGAGAAGUUAUUCUCUAUUCUGCCAAAGACGGCUAUAACAGAGCCGACGUACCAGCACAGGAAACUGACGCACCUUGAAGAACUGGAGAAACACACAUUCUCUGUCCAGGCACCGAUGGCAAAUUUCGGACAGCUGUCUAGGGCGGGACAUGAAAAGAUGGAGUACAUUGGUCGUCAGUUCCUCUCGGAGCUUGGUGUUGCCCAAUGGCGAGGCAGGGAGUUUUGGGGGAUGCUGUUCAUGCUGAUUAUCGUCUUCUUCAUACGCAUCUAUGUUCACUACGCCGGCCAGUGGGUUUACCUGAGUGCUAUCAGCAUACCCAUCAACAUGUUCAACUUCCUGCCAUACUCGGUGGAGCUGAACUACCAAGAAACUCUCCUAACAUCCCAACAAGAGAUCGCAGUUGUCGCCCUUGGACCGCUCUUCAAUCUCGUAUUUUUCCUACUCCUUCUGCUCCUGUGCGUCGUUGUACAAUGGGUCGUUGAUGCCUUUCCAGAUUUCGGCUGCAAAUUCAUCAUGGCAUAUGGAAUUAUGACCUUCCUGGAUCCGUAUCUCAUCUUGAUAAUGGAUUGUAUCCUUCAGCGUUACAUUGAUGACAGCGUGAUACCGACGGCAGACUUUGCCAAGUUGUGGUAUCACUUUCUGCGAGUGGAGGGAUCGGGCUUGGCGGGUGUGUUUAUCACAUCGUUCCUCUAUCUGGGCUUCAACUUUAUUGUCGGAGCUUUCCUUUACAUGUAUUUCCUCAGACUACACAACAAUGGCCGCCUUCUCGACGUCUACUGGAGGCUUCGCGACAAAGAAGAGAACUUUUUCGUACCCUACGACCUUGAACUCUCCAACCAGGAGCUCCACUACAUUGUGAGGAAGGCCGAGGCAUGGCGCGGAGAGGAGGGAGAGAGACGCAAGGUGGCCGUGUUUGACUACAUCUGGGAGGAAGAAGAGAUGGAGGACAAUGUUUGGAACGAAUGCUCUCUUGAGGAAGACGAACAACGUCGGCAGUCAACAAAGCGUGAAAUAACAACCCAUGUCUCAAUACACACAAUCCACCUGGACGGACUGCGUGAACUCUACAGGCAGUUUCUGAGGCUGCCCGAUGGUGCUGUAGUUGAGGUGUUUGGAGACAUGGCCAUCCCAGGAAUGGACCGUGAUAUUAAAGAAGCUAUGAAGAAGGGUACUCAGGGGAUUGAGAAAAUCUUUGGCUCCCAGACAAGCCUUAGGGGAAGAAAGGUGAGUGGCCGAGAGACAGUCCACACUCGCAGUGGUUUCCGUGACGACGAUGACCGUCCCAUGUCUGCUGAGUCCAGUUCCUCUUCCUCCCUGCCCAAGAAAAAGAUGUGGUAACCAAUGACAACUACGAGUGAGGUUGGCAUGGAAUUGAGUAGUUAAGUUGCCAUGGAAACAAGAAAUUAUGAAAAAAGAAAUAGAGGAGUGAACAGAAAUGGAGACUUGACAAUCAGAUUACUUUAAUAAUGAUUUUCUAUUUUUUCUUCAGAGCAAACAAAUGAAGAAAAUUGAAUUUAAAGUUGUUUUGUUUUUAUUGUUAAUUAUUGUGAUGCAGUUGCGGAUAUUUUUGUUAUGAAAAAUAUGUCGUAUUUUUGUAAUAAAUAAGUGGAACUAGCAUCAGCUUAAUGUCGUAAGAGUUUGAAUAUCAAAACAAAUAUGAAGUUAUAACAUUUGUUUAAUACUCAAUGUAUUUACCCCUUUCCUAAGAUUUGAUAAAAAUAAAUUUUCAGUUAUAAAACUGAUUGAUAAAUUCUGAAAAAUACUUUUUGGAAUCUUCGAUAGCUAUUAUAAGUGAAAGAAAUAAAUAACAACUUCGGAAGAACUUUUAUCUUGCAUUGCAGAAUAUUGAUAAAUACUUAGGAUUUAGAUUUUUAGAUUGUGUCAGUGUCUUUGAUAUCUAUAACUUGCAAGUUUUACUAAUGACUUUAUGCGUCUCUUAUUUCCAUUGACUGUUAUUUAACUAUUGCGUAUUAUACUUUUAGAUAUUUUAAAAAUCAUUUAUAAUAUUGUUUACUAAUCUUGCCUCUAAGAUGUGAUAUUUUUGUGAUAUAUUUGACUAUUUUAUUCAUUUGUUUUUGUUUUUAGAUAUAUAUUGUUAAGAAGACCUUUUCCUACUAUUAAAGGGAGAAGUGUUAUAUUUUACCAAAAUAAAUCAUAUCGAUAAUAAAUAACUUUCUAAAUAUACAUAAAUAAAUAUCUUGGAAAAUCAACUCUAAAUAUACAUAAAUAAAUAUCUUGGAAAAUCAACUUUGCCUUAUUGACAGAGGCUUUUUGGCCUGACUCAUAUUUUUAAUAAAUAACCUGCUUUAUUCUAUAGAUAAUAUGCCUGAUAUCCUUUUACUAACAAAAUAUAAAUAUUUAAUGACAAUCUGUCUGCUUAUUGUACAUCAUGUAUUGAUUUACUAUGUAACUAUGUGCUAUAAUAAAUAUUUUGUCAUCAAGAAAGUCUUACCAAAAAUAGAAAGUUUUUAUCAUAUUUGUUUAAGACAACUAUAUAUUAAUUGCUAGAUUUUCAUUCUUUUUUUUUCACCACCUCUUAGAUUUUAUUGACUCAAGUGAAAAUGUUGAACUAGGGUAUUUGCCUAUCAGUCCAGUACUGUCAAGGAAUGGCGUUUAUUCAUACCUAAGGUGUCGAUGUAUAACAUUCACAUAUAAAAAGGGAGACAUGUUAGGAUCCUGUCCGUGGUGCCCCUAGAAGCUCAUGUAUAUGGUCCCUUAUGAAUUAAGAAAGAGCAUGAAUACAUAUUCAAAGGUGAAAACAGUCAUUCUAGAAAAAAAUAAAAAAUAAUAAUAAAAUGUCACCCCCUUCCCCUUUUAAAAAAAAAUGAGAUGAAAAUUUAGGAAUUAAUUUAUAUUUGCUAAAGAGUAUCAUAUCCAUGUGCAUUUAUUUAGCUUGUUUUACAUAUGUAUACCUCGAAAACACAUGUUUUUGGAACUGCCUUGAAAAAAGAAACAUUUUCCUCACUCCAUGUUAUACUAUUGUUUGCAAAUAACCUUAGUAAAACAUGCUUGUCAAUCUGUAAAACAAAGCAUGUUCACAUUGCAAUUGUGUGCUGAUGACAAGUUCAUGUUAAACUGCAAAAACUAGAAGAGUCUCAUUCAACAUUUAAAAAACUAAUCAAAUCAAUUAGAAGGCAAUUAUGCUUUGGGGCGGAGUUAACAUCGCCACUAACCAAUGCUUCAAAACUUUAAAAUUCUAAUUACAAUUGCAAACAGUAGUACAUUUAUUUACAGCAUUUAUAUCUAUUGAGUUGCAAUUAAGAAUUUAAAAAACUUGUCUUAAUUGAAAGAGUGAUAUAGCAUAUUGAAUCCAGACAGCUUAAUUAUGCAUUUUUAAACUAUUAUUGUAAAGUUGCAUUUAAUGAUAUAUUACAUGCAUGCUUAAUUGUCUAUUUAUUCUAUGCAUUUAGCUGUUGAUGCAUUCUUUGCAGUUUUUCGAUUUAAUUUACUGUUUUCUAUAGCCUAUAUUUUAUUGAUGAUAUCAUUGUAACUGCAUUUGUUAAGCAUUUAUAAGCUUGUCUGUUUUUUUUAAACAGUUGGGGUUCUGUGAUAGCCUUUGUGUUGUCACCAAUGUCAUCAUCGGUUUUAUUUUCAAGAAAUUAAAAUGAAUCUUGGUAUACAUGUUGUCACAGACAGUAUGCACAUGUAAAGCAAGACACGUAACUCUGGAAUGAAUAUUCUAUUGAGUUAUGCCCCUUUAUUCGACUAAAAACAAAACAUUGGAUGAGCAUAGAGGCCAUCUCAGUGACACUCUUGUUUUGACAUAUAUUUAUUACUUAUAAUGAUUUUCUGUGAUCUAACUUCUAGAUUGUUUAUGAUAACUAACUUCAUUCAUUCCCAACUGACCAUUCGCCAAAGCAAUGAUCCAAUUAUUGAUCAACAGAUUCUUUGAUUGACAAAUGGGGUGGUUUCAAUAUGUAACUUCAGUUAAUCUUAUGGUCAUACAUCAUUGACUCCAUUCACUGUAAAUUCCGUUAUUUAUAUCGAGCAAUCCGAUUAGCUACAUCGUUCUUAGAUCCAAUUAAGACCAGUAUUAAAUACCACCCCUGGUGAAUGGUCAAUUGAUUUUAUAACACCUAUAUUUAGCCAUACUAUUUUUAUAACAUUUACAUGUACAUUCACCCAUUGUCUCUAUUAAUCGAUGUCUUUUGCUGAGCUGCCGGACAGCAUGUUUUAGUGUUUAUCAUUCUACUGUUUUCUAUGUAGAAUAAAAAAAAUAUUCUUUUAAAA